AAAAGAAAAAUCAAGAAGAAUCAAGAAACCAUCUCGAACGUGACCUUCCCUUUUCUUUAAAUCACGUACUGCUAUUGUUAGUGCGGUCUUUUCUUUUACAAACUUUCCUGUUCAUCAACUUUCUUUUCAGAUUCCAGUUACUCUCUUAGAUUACAGAAAAUUAGUAUAUUAUUGCACUAAAAUUAACCUGCUUUCAUGGACCUUUCCGCCACCAAGAGAAGAGCACUGCUUAAAGUCAUUGUUCUGGGAGAUAGUGGGGUGGGAAAGACCUCCUUGAUGAAUCAAUAUGUAUAUAAGAAGUUUAGCCAACAGUACAAAGCUACAAUCGGUGCUGAUUUUGUCACCAAGGAACUACAGGUUGAUGACAAGCUGGUGACCCUGCAAAUAUGGGAUACAGCAGGGCAGGAGAGAUUUCAGAGUUUAGGAGCAGCAUUUUAUAGAGGAGCAGAUUGCUGUGUUCUAGUAUAUGAUGUGAAUGUACUUAAAUCAUUUGAAACACUUAACAAUUGGCAUGAAGAGUUCCUCAAACAGGCAGAUCCAGUUGAUCCUGAUGAGUUCCCUUUUAUACUACUCGGAAAUAAGAUUGAUGUAGAUGGUGGAAAUAAUCGAGCGGUUUCAGAGAGAAAAGCUUUAGAUUGGUGUGCUUCCAAGGGAAACAUACCCUACUUUGAGACCUCAGCAAAAGAGGAUUACAAUAUUGAUGAAGCAUUUCUAUGUGUUGCAAAAAUUGCACUAGUUAGUGAACAUGAACUUGACAUUUCUUACAGUUAUUUCGAGGGUAUAUCAGAAACUGUUUCAGAAGUUGAACAAAGAGGAGGUUGUGCAUGUUGAUUGGCUGCAAAGAAAGGAUCAAAUAUUUAUAUGUAAUUUCCAAUUUUAUCUCA